UUGAUUUGACCGCGCGGUUCGUAUCGGUUUAGUCGACUGAGAGCUCUUUUAAACCUAAAAAGGCGAAUGGGACACUGUACGUUCUUCUGGAGCUAAAGGACCGGACAGAUCCAUACAGCAGGUUUACGCGAGUGUCCCAUGGGACAGGGUACCACCAUCUGCAUUACUCUAUACAGAUGUUUUUGUCAACAUCAAAAUGGACACCCCGUGUGUUCUCAUGGUUUUCCAUCUGGCUCAAGGUUUCGUUUUUGCAGGUUCUCAUAAUUUGACAGGACUUGCGACUUACAUCAGAGAAGAAAGAGCAUUUAGUGCUACAGUUAUGUUGGAUGACAUCACUGUAGCUUAUUAUAAUUCAGGAAAAAAGAUCUAUGUUGCAAGAGGAAAUGAUACAAAUGAAGAUGAUGUUAUAGAUCCAAGGGACCUUAAGGUUUUAAGUGAGUAUGUACUUGCUCAUUUUGAAGAAAGAUCAAAUCGCCUGAGACCUGUCAACGCCACAGAAAGUCUUGUAGUUUAUCAGAUGAUGGCAGUUUGUACACAGAGUGACAACAAACAUCAACAACUAUUCUCCAAAACUGCUUAUAGAGGCUCUACUGUUGAUGAGCGGUGCUUUAUUGAUGGCGAUUUGAACUAUCAGUUAUUUUCAAAUUACACAGAAGAACAAAUAAUACCCAAUCUUAGUCGGUACAAACUGCGUGUUGAGAAAUUGUAUUACCCAGUCUGCAUAACAACUCUGAAGAAUUACCUUAAAAAGAGAGAAACUCAGCUAAACAGAAAAGAGAAACCACGAGUCAGACUCAUCCGGAAAGCUAUCUCUGAUUCUGGAGGUUCUCGUGUGAGUUGUUUGGCGACAGGGUUUUACCCUCGUCACAUCAACCUGACCCUGUUCAGAGACCAGCAGCCUGUAGCUGAUCAUGAGAUCACUGGAGGAGAUCUGCUGCCCAACGAUGACGGGACGUACCAGAUGAGGAAGAGUCUGGAGAUCAGUGCUGCAGACAAACACAAAUACACCUGCUCCGUCACACACCUCAGUCUGGACAACAAACUGGACGUCACUCUGGAAUCCGAGCCUGGUGUAGCAUUCAAAUCAGCUAUUCUCUCAGUGCUGAUAUUUUUGAGUCUGGUGUUGGUGUGUGGAACUGGACUCAUCAUAUAUAAAUGCCGGAAGAGACAAACAGCAUCUAAUGAACAAGUUGAAAGUACAGCAUAAAUAUAAUGAAUUGAAGUUGCAUGUCUUCAAGCAAUGAAAAAUGAUUUCCAACAGUUGCUUGACUUGAUUAAAGAUACAGACACGGAUGGCAAGUGUCAUACAUUUCAACAGUUCCACAUCAAAUAAUGGAAGAAGAAACACUUUGAAGAAACCAUAGAGUGUCAUGGAAUAAAAAAAGUGUUUAUUUGUGCAGUUGUCUCCUUUACUAUUGCUUACAAAAGCCUCCAGUUUAGCCCUUAGCAUGAGUAACAGAAAUAAGUAUUUAAAAAAAAAGAAAAGAAAAGGUAUUUAUAUAACAAAUGUAAUGUGAUCAGUCUUGUUUGUUUUUAUGUAUGCUGUUUUAACAGUUGUCUUUAAAGUACAUUGUGGUCUGCACAAAUUAUGAUUAUUUAGCACAAUUAUCCUUUGUUGGCAUCCUGUGACUUUAUAUCGAACUCUGACUUUGAAUUUGUGUCAAAAUACCAUAGAGUUUGAUUAGUUGCACUGCCUUUGGCAUCAAAACAUUAAAUGUGAAAAGCUUUUUGUUUGCGCUUUAAAUAUAAGCAUAUUCAAAUUUGUCUUAACUACAAACAUUUUUUGUACGUAGACUGUGUUAUUUAAUUGUUAAAUGAUUUACUGAUGAACUGUGAAGCAUUUAAUUCUUAGACGUUCUGCUAGUUUGUAUGUUUGUCUUGACGUUAACUUUCUUGCUCAUGAGCCACUAUGACUAGUGGUUUUCCAGAUUCACUAGUGUAAAGAUUACGAACUUUCCUAUUGUCUUUUUCUGUUAUGUUCGCCUGUUCGUGUGUUUCCUUAUAUGGCUUUGUUCCUGUUUGUUUAACUCGUAAAUUUGCCUGUUAGUCAUUAUUAGUUAACUCCCUUCACCUGUUGUUCCCUCAUCAGCACUUUUACUUAAAGUCUUCUCCUAGUUCAGUUCAGUUGGUUGUUACGUUUUAUUUUUUUUUUUUUAGCCUGAAUUGUUUAAAUAUUGAAGUCCUUUAUUUUUGGAUGACCUGCGUCUUCCUCAUCAUCCUGAGAACUAGCCACUCAGCAUUUUCACUGACCACAAUUUUAUUUUCUUUUAAAAAUUACGUUUUAUGACUUAAUACUGCAUACAAAUACUUCCUAGUCAUUUAACCUAUUUAAAGGGCAUUCAACCGUAUUAAAUGCAUGCGUAAUAUUUUACAAAUUCUUACAAUUCAUUAAUAACUUCAUAUAACAAAUCGUAUGAAAUCAGAAUCUACAAAUCUAUAAAUUUGAAAUGCUGGAAAAAAAGCUGCUGCUAUGAAAGUAAACCAUCGGUUAGCUGAUAGCAAGUGGCUAAUGGAGUCAUUGAAGCCUUCAAAUGAUUCGUUCAAACGGCUGAUUCAUUCAAGAAUGAAGCAAGCGCCUGUCCUUUUGGGUAUACCACUGAAUGACUGACUGAAAAGAUUCAAAUUUCAAAAAUGCUAAUUAUGUGUAAUGUAAUUAACCAAAUGAAGCAAAAACGGUUGUCAAUCUAUCUGUCUAUCAAGAACUAUUGGAAUUAUCGUUCAUUUCUUUAGCAGACAUUGAAAAGAAAUAUAAGAAAUAAAAAUUGUACGUUU